AUGCCUCCUGAUAUGGUAGGCAGAGCUGCCUCGCAGUCCUCCAGCGUUGCGUCACAGACAACACAAAUAGCGGCACCACAUAGCCGUCCGGGGACGGCAGAUCUCAUGAAAUCACGCUCAGAAACUGUAGUGUCAAGAAAUAGUCGUCGCCCAAGGUCUAGAGGCUCGACGGCUAGCAUCCAUUCGAACACCACCCAGCAAACACAGGACCAGCAACUACCCGAUGGAUUCUCCCAGUUCCUUCCUGCUCAACCCGCUGCUGGCCACAGUGUUUUCGGAGGCAAUCCCGAAGAUAUUAUCAUGCGCUUUGGCCAGCAGCUGUCACAUCCCGUGAACGGUUCCCCCCUUGACCCUACUCUGCAUGAAGCCCAUCACCCUGUUAUGCCCAGAGCCGAAGACUUUCCAAAUCAUGCCAUGCACGGGCAUCGUUUGUCCCACCAUUCCCUUCCAUCGGGUUUAUCGAACCAUGGGCUAUCAACCGUGCCGAUGCCCCAGUACCAGGCCAUGUAUGACAGUGGAAUCGAAAACCAUGUCCCAGACCAUGUCCUGGAGGAGAACGAUAAUUCCGAGGCCGGCGCAAAGAAGAAGAAGGGCUCCAGCUCCUCCCUAGCCAAUGACAAUGAGUUGCGGAAAUUGCUACGGCAGUAUGAAGGGUAUUCGCUGAAACAGAUGGCCGCGGAGGUCCUCAAACACGAAGGGGCUGGAGGCAAGGCCGAAAAAGUCAAGCAAGUCUUUGCCAUGAUCUGGUUGAAAGAAAACUGCCGGAAAAGCAGCGGGUCUGUUCGACGGGAUCGAGUAUACUGCUGCUAUGCCGAGAAGUGUGGCACCGAACGAGUCUCCGUAUUGAAUCCGGCCUCGUUUGGGAAGCUCGUACGGAUAAUAUUUCCCAAUGUGCAGACCCGACGCCUUGGCGUUCGCGGGGAAUCCAAGUAUCACUAUGUUGACUUGACAGUGAUCGAGGAGAAACAGCAAAGGCCCCCGCCGCUGAAUCCCCAAGGCCCGGCCAACCCAAUCGAUGCCGCGAUAGAUAGCGAGAAAGGAGUGGACGAUGAGCAGCACAGAACUGUCACCGUAUUACCACAGCCCUCUGCAGAUACAGCAGUAUUCCCAUCGCCUACGACUUCCUUCACCCCGCGAUUGUCGACGAACUUUUCACUUCCUGUCUGUGGCUGCCAGCCUUCGUCGCGGGCCAGUGGGGAAUCAACUAUCACCCUUGACGACAAUGUGGCAAGCCAUGCCGGAAAGAUGAUUUACCGGAUGCUUCACCUUCCAUCUACCGACGUUGCCUCUGUUGAUAACGAGUCUUUCCAGCUGCCUGACAUCAAUGGCUAUCUCCCAGCCAAUACUGACUCCAAAGUGGCUGCCGCUCUGGCAGCCCUUUAUCGCUCCCAUUGUAUAUCUGUCAUAGACAGUUUCCGGUACUGCAAGGAACGGAACCUUCUACGAUACUUCUCCGCCUUUCAUGGUACAUUGACUGUCCCUGUGCAGAAGCUGCUCACACACCCCAACCUCGCCCCGUGGAUCAGAGAAUGCGACUGGCUUAUGUAUCAGAAAAUGAUCGCCUUUCUAUCUCCACUUACCACGCAGGUAGUUCCAAAGCUCGUCUUGGACGCUUUUAGUUCGAUAUCGCAGCGGCUUACGGGCCAUAUUACUGACACGUUCAAAGCUCAACCGGCCCAUGUUUCCCUGGCCAGACUCGUGCCGGCCCAUAUCUUUUGCAAUUUGCUCCGACAUAUGCUCGACGUGAACCAAUCUGCCAACGCGGCUGCAGCCUGGCUUUGCCACCCCGACAACAGGAAUCAGAUGUGGUUCGACUUUAAGACCUUGGUUGACCCCAAGGAAAUGAUUACAAAAGCCAACAUUCCAAACUGUGCGGAACGGGCCACAGAGCAAAUCCUGAAACACGAUAUCCUUGCCCUUCUCACUCCCCUUACGGAUCUCAAUCCUUCUACUGCUCUUCCCUUUUUCACCAAGCCGGAUUUGGAAGAAAAUCUCCAAGCACAUAAAUGUCCCGUGGAGUCCUCCACUGGCGAAGACUACAACUUCCCCGACAAGUGGAUAUCAUUCAUUUUGAAUCUUCCUGCGGCAUUUCCCAACCACCGCACGCAAUGUAUCAUAGAACGGGUGGACGCUUUAUGGGACUGCAUACUCCAUCGACUGACGUUAGGAGGCGCCCAAAGUUUCAGCGCUUGGUGGAUGACGAAAGUCUUCUUCCAUGAAAUGAUGUUAUGGCAAGCAGAGAAGGGUGGAUUCAUGCGUUAUACGCCGAGCACACUACAAGAGGGCCGCCUAUCAUCGGAUCAACAGUCAGGAGCGGGCAAUUUUUUAAUGAAACAAUCCAGCAGUCCAGGUUCCGCGCCAAAUAGGACAUUCAUGGCCUCUCAUCCAUCUCAGCACGCCGGUGGUCACGAGCCCCAGUCUGCGACUAGUCCGGCACCGGGGGAAGGGGGCUCUCAAUGUCGAACAUCAUCGCGAGGGGAGCCAGAGCCCAAUCCCAAUAAUGCCGAGAAUGGGAAACCGAACAUCUCUGACAGUAUAGCAACUUUCCAUGCUCCUAAUAAUGAUGAUAGCGCCAUUGAUCUUGAUGACGAUUCAAUGCUGAUGAGUGUUGGUAAAUACGGCGAUAUGAUGGCCUCUGAUCCCGUCGAUGCCGAAGGGGACGUCGUGGUCAUAUAG